AUGACUAGCUACUCGACGAUCGUUACCAACAAGUCGGAUUGCCCGAUUUUCGUCUCUGUUGAUGACACAGAAGGUUCCUCGAAGCGAAAACUCGAGGAAAUGCUCAGGAUUGUUAGUGGUAAAUUCUAUUGGUGUAAAAUGAAAAUAUUUCUUUAUAUGUAUAAUUUUUUUCUACUCGAAAGAGCUCAGAUUUCGCGAAAAUAAUAAUUCCAGGGGAAGCGGCCAGCGGCUACAUUCAGUUCAGGCUAAAUGGUGAAUUUCAAGUUUUUGAUUUCUCAAGGGACAAAAGAUGUUUUAAAUCCAAUGAAAAAAAUAUAUUUUCUCUUGAUUUUGUCUCAAAAAAAUACAGAGUAGUCCAAAAAUAGAAUUUUUCGUUACAUUUUAUGUCUGAGAUAUUUUCGAUUGUGUCUAUAAAUUAGUUUUGACUCUUUUAAGCACUUUCAUACUCUCAACUACAAUUUAGGCCUUAGAAAUAUAUUUUUCUCGUCAAGUUGGAUUGAAAAUUUCCCAGAAUAUGAGCAGACCGGGGGUUUUGGUUUCGCCGAAGUCUUUCCCGGUUAUUCGAAGGAAUUUGUCCGUGGGAAUGUCAAAGACGCCUUCGUAACCAUCUACUACCAUUACUCCCUCCCGCCUCGAGGUGAAAAAAAAAACUCCAAUUGAUUGAAAUAAUGAAGAGAAUUGAAGUUCCCCGUGGAAUUCGUCUGGCCUGUGCUGGGAAACGAGUUCAAGAGGAUACAACUAUUUUAUUCGACGAGUUUAAUCAGGUUUGAAAAAUAAUGAAUGAAAAAAAGGGAAAAUAACAUGUUAAGAAUGUUGAAAAAAAUGGUUGGUUUCGCUUUUUCGUGUUGGUCAUGACACCAAAUUUGACGAAAAUCUCGAAAUUUUUUCCAAAACUGCGUCUUUUAUGGACUUUUUUUUGGCGAAUUCUAGGAAUUUCAGACGAGUUCAAGCCUACAAAGCCAAUAAGAACUGACUGGAAUUUUCAUUGAAAAUCAAUUUCAUUUGUUUUGGUUUUAAAGGUGAUGGACGUACGACUGCGGUAG